AGUAUGUUUUAUUUUGGUUGAAAUCUAUUCACACGUACUGUGCUGAGGACACAUCAGUCAUCACUGUAGCCACACACUGUGAACAUGUUACACAGAAGGAAAAAGACGGAUUUUAUGGACAGCUCUUGGAUUUGCUACCUACAGAUUCGAAUCUUAAGAAACAUUUAAAUUAUGAGAGGUGUUUCUUUGUCAGCUUUCCUUCUGACAAAGGUGAAGAUUUGGAAGUUUUAUCUGAAUUAGAAAACUGCAUUACUUCUAUUGCCAAAGACAAGAGAUGGAAAGAAGAUAUUCCAAAAGAAUGGUCUAUAAUUGAACUCGCUCUAAUCACAAUGAGACGUUAUGAAAAGACCGUUCCUAUCGAAGAUCUCAAAGAGAAAUACUGGAAGGCUAAGGAAGAUGAAAGUUUAAAAAUUGAGGAUGCACUAUGCUUUUUCCAUGACAUUGGAUUGAUUCUUUACUUUGAGGAGGGGAACCUUUCAAAUACCAUCGUAGCUGACGUCCAAUGGUUUGUUGAUACAUUUAAAUUUAUAAUAUCAGACAAAAAUCAUGUCCGAGACUUAGCUGAAACUGACAAGGAGUGGCAGUACUUCCAUAGAUCUGGGUAUCUCAUGGACAAUUUUCUUGGUCGAGUUUGGGAAAGCUUAUCUAUAGAAUCUUGGGAAAGGCCGACCAUUUUGCAAUAUAUGCAAAGACUAGGAUUACUUGCUAUAGGAAAAUUAAAACACUAUGUCCCAUGUAUGAAUAAAAGAGAUUUUGGUAGGAAGGAACGGAUUGCCUUACGGGGAAUGGAAACAAAAUCAUCUGUGUUGGUGCUACAUUUCCACUUUUUACCGUUCUUCUUCUACUGUCGAUUGAUAGUUGCCUGCAUAGUUGGAACAGAGUGGAAAGUGGUAGAGGAUAAAAGUUUACCAGGCUUGUAUAAAAACAUAGCAAUUUUUGUAUACAAGGACCAUCUAAUUGCUUUGGCUGUGACGCAAACUGCAAUUCAAGUGCAGAUUCUGAGACCAAAAAACUCACCUAUUGAUAUUGAUAUCGCAGUAGAAAUAAAAGAGACACUGGAAAAGAGACUUAAAUACUUAACAAGCACAUUUCAUAAAGAAGUUGAAUAUUGUAUCGCAUAUCAGUGUUUAAAUCAAGAUGUGCUUUGCGAAAGUGAAGAAUGCUAUGUGUAUGAAAAAGAAUUACUAUCAGGAAACGAUACAAUAUUGUGUCCAAGACAUGGAUUUAUAGAAUCACAUGAGAUAAAUAUAAAAGCUCUGACAAAAUUCUGGAAUAGAGGGAAGUCAUCUGUUCCAUGCCACAGGUCUCUGAAAGGCAAAAGCGAAACAAAGAGUGGUAUUGAGAUGCAUUCAGCAGAGAAACUUCACCGACGCUUACUUGCAGACUUAGCGACUGACUAUCUUGACGAGUCUGUAGAGGAAAGGCGUGUUUACAUUAAAUGGAAAAUAAAUUUUAAAAUUCAUUAUCCAGCACCAAGGUAUGAUUUAACAACUGUUUAUCAAGAUUUCAAUAAACUAGAAGAGGAUGGAAAACUUUCAGUUAAUAAUUAUGGGACAUUAAAGGAUAUAUUAAAGAAUGUCGACCAGCGAGCUUGUCGAAGAGUUGAGGAAUGUGAACAACAACUCAUGAAAUCAUUGUAAUUCCCUUUUGCUGUGAAGCUGAAUUUACAUCACAAAUUCUAGACAUGUGCCAAACUUAAUAUUGUUUUCAUAAUUGAAUAUCUGAACACAUCAUUAAAAUGCUUCUAUCUUAUGUCACUAUAUGUCUAUACGAUAUAAUAUAUAUGUAUAUACCUGUAUUGUCUAUGAAAGUAAUUAGCGAUGAGACUCUAUGCCUUACUUUAAAUAUGGGACAUUGUUAAUAUUUUUAUUAUAUAAAAGGAUGACUGCAA